UGAAUUGUUGAAUAAUUACAUGUGUUUCAGUAGUACUUACUGUAUUUACUAUACUAAUAGGAUUGCAAAAUACCCUGUAAUUUUCCUAAGUUCUACAAAUUUUCAAACACUACAUUUUGAAAGUUUCCUCCAUUUGCAACUCUAAUAACGAAUCUUAUUCUAAUUGUAACAGACAUGUCAGGGAAGCAAAUCAUUUUCCCAGUGAAGUCAAACACCACCUAUGUCAAGAUAACCCCUGACAUGAACAAAAUCUUCUUUGCUGUGACUGUCUGCGUUCGAUUUUUCACCGACUACCAGACAAAGGAGCUGACCAUUUUCUCAUUGGCCACGCCUUCUCAUGCUGAUGGUUUUGUAAUCUUCAGGGGAGAUGGGGGAAAUUACAGGGUGUACAUUGGGGACCAAGGUAUCUAUUUCUGGGGAUUGCCAGACAAAAUGAACGAGUGGUACUCUGUUUGUGGGACGUGGGAUGCCAGUACAGGAUUGACUCAACAGUGGGUGAAUGGGAAGCCAAGUGCAAGGAAAGCGCUCCAAGCCGGCAGCUCCAUCUCUGGUACUCCCAGUAUUAUUUUAGGUCAGGACCAAGAUGCAUACGUUGGUGGGUUUGAUGUACAUGACUCCUUUUACGGACAUGAGACUGAUGUCCACAUGUGGGACAGAGUGCUCUCCCCAUGUGAGAUCCAAAGUUACAUGAAGGGGGAGGUGUUAUCUCCAGGGAAUGUGGUAAACUGGAACGCACUAAAAUACACAAGGCAUGACUAUGUGGUUGUUGAGAGGAUGCAGAGCCUGACCUGUUAA